GUCGUAAAAUGUCUGACGAACCAGCAGGGAUAUGGAUUCCUCCCUGUAGUCAGCCUACAGAGGAACAUACAGACACGACAGCGUUAUCAGAUGAGAUUCUCCUGGUGGCCGCUCUGGAUUUUGGUACAACGUAUUCAGGAAUAGCUUGGUCUUUUACCAGGGAGUUUGAAAAGUACCCUCUCCGUAUCAACAGUUUGAUGUGGUCACCCAUUGUAGGACCGUCACAAGCGACUUUCAAGACACCGACAGUACUGCUGUUGAAAUCUAAUAAGGAAGUUGUCGCAUUUGGUUAUGCUGCAGAAGAACAAUACGGAGAACUAGCAGACGAUAAUGCUCACCAUGGGUACUACUUUUACAGAAACUUCAAGAUGCUGUUGUAUGAAAAUGAGACUCUUCGAAAUGACACCGUUCUUGUUGAUGACGAGGGACACGCUAUGCAAGCGAAAGAUAUAUUUGGACACAGCAUUAGGUAUAUGAAGAAGCGGCUUUUGGACGAUCUCCAGGCUAGAGGAAACAUGAUACGAGAUGAAAACAUCAUGUGGGUGGUCACGAUUCCUGCAAUUUGGAACGAUGGUGCAAAGCAGUUUAUGAGAGAGGCCGCGAUAAUGGCAGGGAUUCCGGUUAAACAAUUCCGGCUAGCAUUAGAACCCGAAGCUGCAUCCAUAUAUGCUAAAGAAGUACUGAUAGAGAGAACAAGGGGUAAUAUUCAUCAACAGAUGCCGUCUUUUGAACAGGGGACCAAAUAUAUAGUCCUUGAUCUCGGAGGUGGAACUGUCGACAUCUCUCUGAAGGAAAUAGCAGAAGGAAAUAACAUUAAGGAGAUUCACCAUGCCACUGGUGGGCCCUGGGGAGGAUUGACUGUCAACAAAGAAUUUAUGGCUUUUUUAGAGAGCUUGAUCGGAAAAGACGUUCUGGAAGAGCUAAAAAAGAAUCAUAAAUCAGCCUUGCUGGACUUAGAAAGGGAUGUUGAGGCCAAGAAGAGAAAUAUUAGCGGAGACAAAGAUGGUCGUAUUCUUAUCCAAAUUCCCGCCGAACUGCUUGAAAUUUUUGAAAAUAAGAAAAACAAAAAGCUUAUCAAUGCAAUUGCGUUUGAGACUAAGUAUGCUGGGAAAAUUGACAUAAAGCGGAAUUGUCUCCGCGUGGACAAAUCAAUUGUGGAAACAUUUUUCAAGACCUGUCUGGAUAGCAUUGUAAACCAUACAAGAACGCUUUUAGGAAAACCUGAAGCAGCUGGGCUUAAAUAUAUGGUGCUCGUUGGCGGAUUUGCGGAGUCAGAAUACAUAAGAGAGGAACUGCCAAAGGCUUUUGGUCAAAAGCUUCAUGUUUUUAUUCCAGACGAACCCUGGCUUGCGGUUAUGCGCGGAGCUGUACUAUUUGGACAAAAUCCAACUGUCAUUCAGACACGUAUCUCCAAAUUCACUUACGGAACCAACGUCAUACGUUAUUUCAUGACAGACUACGAUGACCCCCAGCACAAAAUCGAAGAAGACGGACAGCCAUAUUGCAAAAAUGUUUUCAAUAAACUUGCAGAAAUCGGACAGUCGUUCGAAUUAGAUGAACCUGUCUCCACUGAAGUCUUCGCACACCGAGCUGACAUGAGGAAGAUGAAGGUAAGGCUGUUCAAAUCUACUGAAAAGGACCCUCGUUACGUCACAGAUAAGAGCUGCACCCAGAUUGGACAGAUGGUGGUCGAUAUGCCAGGCUUUGGAAUGGAGAGAAUGGUCACGGUAUCCCUCUGUUUUGGAGAAGAGGAGAUAACCUGCAGUGGAAGAAACGAAUCGCAAGAAUCGGUGAACGUGAGUCUUAACCUUCUUGGAGAUGGUUAAAGUCACUGUGAACGCUCCUUAAAUGUUAAAGACAUAUAUGUGAUAUUUUUCUUUCAUAUUGUUUACGGCGACUUAUUACGGCCAAUUAUACACUUCAGAUAUUCAGAAUAUAAUAUAUUUAUACAUUAGUGAUAUAUUUAUCUUAAAGACGGGUACAUAUGUGUUGUUUAUUAUUUCAUAUCUUAGGUAUACAUAUAUAAUGUACAUGUAUAUUUUGGGUUUAUUUUACUUUCUACAUUUUACACUCUCUUAGUCCGAUUAAUAUUGUAGAAUUUUUAUUUAAUAUGUGAUAUCAUUUUCUCUUUUGUAUGAGACUCGAUGGCAUUACUUGUUCCGUGCGAAUUGUCGAUGUGCUUUAAAACAGUUAAUGUCAGAUAUAGCUAUAAUUGCAUAUAUACAUGAUUGUACAUUACUUUAUAAAUUCUGAAUACUUUUAGCAUGCAUUGUAUAUUAAACUAUGAUAUUAGUAAUUUUACGCUUAUCACUAAAAAUGAUUAUACUGCUUUUGAAUCAACUAGUUGGUUAACUAGUAGGCGCUUAAUUUCUUAAUAGGAAAGGCUAUUAUAAUAUAUAGAGAUACAAUAUCUUCCAACAUUUCACUAAACUAUUAAGAAUCACAAAAGUUACUCCCUAAAUUUGGACAGACGAGUAUGUCUAUUAAGUUAAUGUCGUACAAGUCGGAGCUCUCGUGACGUAACGGUGUACACUAACUGACCAACAUACCGACAAUUAUAUCGGUGUUUUAAGUUUAUAUGCAUCUAUUUAUGUUGCUAUUAAAUAAACAUAUAUCAUCUUGUUAUAAAAUGCUAUAAAAUGUAACAACGGCAUUGGUUAGCGGCUAUGCUGUGUUCCGAUUGUAGGUUCUUGAGCCUUUCCAG